AUGCAAGCAAAAGUAGUGCUACUCUCGAGAAAAGUCUUAGGACAAAGACAGAAAGCGAUUGCAAACCUCCCAGAGCGCCUAACUGCAUGCAGUAUGAAAGUAACAGGUAAACUUGUAGAAGAUGACCGGUUAGGACUUCUUUGCGACAAUUUCUCACUAUCAUUACCGACAUUUCGCGACAGAACGAUUGGAAUUACCGUUAUUGGAUAA